CCUGCACCGGAGUAGAGAAGAUGCCACUGAAACGCUUCCCUAUCUCUCAGAUGACGUUACACUCUUCAAUUCUUGUGUAAUUCCACCUACACCAUCUUCGUUGCAUAUAAAUACAAACUGUAUGAGAGACGAAGCCAAAUCCUUUUGUUUUUCCUAAUUCUGAACUUCUGUUCAUUCUCAUUAAAACGUUCUACCAUGGCGACUUUUCAAGUUUAUUUCUCGGAGUUCACACCAGACUACUUUAAUUUUGGGAGGCCUGUCAUGUGAAGAAACGCAGGGAGCUGAUGGGCGUUCAUAUACUGCUAUUGAUACAAAGGGGACCCUCUUCGAAGCCUCUAUCAGUGUUUACCGCCUUAACAACUCUUAAAAGAAGGCUCCUUUUAUGAGCUGAGUGAUUUUCAUGUUGCAAGAAGCAACCCCAAAUUCAGGUUUGGUAACGCUCUCCUGUUGCAAUUAGAUUUUCGGAACAACCCGUUUAGGUUGAGCUCGCAGAACCGAGUCAACAGAUCCUGGCUGACCGGUUUAGGUUCUGCAAGCAUGACCAACUCAUGUUACUCUUCAACACCAACACUGAUUUGCGAGUCGGAGAAAUUAGGAGUAUCAAAACGUUUUCAACAAGGAGACCCAACAACGAUGAGUAUGCCGCCGUCAGUAUCUGAAAAAGAACAUGUUCAUACUUUCUCUGAAGCGAAAGUGAUGUUUUCGUCUCUAAAAUUUCAUCAAUCGGAAUGAAUAAAAUAAAGACAAACAAGAGCUUUUAGCUGAAGAGAGAGAUUACAAGCGUCGAAGAAUGUGAAACCGUGGCAAGAAGUGGAAACGAACGCCUCGACAGAGUUGUAGAAUGUUUUGGCUCCACCAUGUCGUGUUUGAGGAAUUUUGCAGAUUUUGUGAGAGAAUUGAACGUGUUGUGGGAUAUGAUUGAAGGAUUUACAGAAGAAAUUAAGCUAGCAGGAGGUAUUGGAUGUUUUGAGAAGAGAAUGUCAUUAUUCUCCUCCUCUUUUAUAGGUCGUCCAUUCUUCAACGCAACCUCCGGAAGACAUUUCUACUUUCACCAGGAAACUCUUGCCAGCAACAGGUUUCAUAAAGUAAUGUGUGGUUCUGAAACUGGCUCAUCCUCGACUUCUUUCAGAGAUUUAGAUGUUCAGAAAAUUGAAUAUGUCACACUAUCGGAGCUGAAUGCCUAUGUCGGUAAUCCUAACCCACAGGAAACUGAAUUCCUCUGCAAAGCCAAAGUCAGUUACAUCUCCGUUUCUAAGUGCUAUCGAAAGCUACAGCAUGGCUUCACAUCUUAUACAUGUGCCUGGUGUAAUGACGAGAAGGCUGUUAGGGACUUAGGGUAGUAAAGUGAUGUAUUCUCACAUCAAUAGCAUUGAUCGUUUAUGAAUCAUAUGCUCCUCUCCUGAAAUUUACGCCUAACUAACACCUGUUAACCUAACACUUGCAACAAGUUUUUCAGCUUUAAAUAUAGGCAUCACCAAGGUGUUCCAGUGAACAACAACCGAUGCGAGUCUGGUCCAAAUGUUGAAUACGCGGUCACUGCACCACCGCUACCAGCUCCAACUGUGGCAAACGCAAGCUCCAUGGAGGAUCGUGCUCGAACCGAGGAGAACGAAAUGCAAAGUAGACGCGCAAGGAGUGAUCACUCAAUUUUUUGGAGAUGAUGAACCUGCUACACAUUAUGAAGUCCCACCAGCAGUUUUAAUGUUUUCAAAUUUGUUGCAAUAAUUAUGUCAUCCAUUUAUCUGAAAGCACAAAUUAUUUGGAUUUAAUCUCUUCACAACAAAAUAGUGACAAGC